AUGAGUGAGGUAAAUGGCUGGGCUCUAUAUUAUAUCCUCACCAAAGAAACAUGGUGGCUGGGCUCUAUAUUUAUGUUUCCGGAGCAUAAAUAUAUCCUCACCAUCUUUGUUUUGCUAUAUUCAAAUACACUGGCCGAGCACUGUAUUUUAAAUAUAUCUUUGCCAGUUAAGGCAAAACUAUUAAGAAUGUAUAAUUUAGCAAAAGAAGGAAAAGGUGCUGAAGAAUUUUAUGAUACCAUGUCAAAAGUUAAUAAAGCUAUAAAAAAUAUUUCAAAU